UGCCUUCAUCAACAGGACAACUCUUCCCGGCACCAUGAACAAGAUCAUCGUCUACGAGCAUUCUCACUUCAAGGGCAUCAGCAGAGAGUUCACCUCCGAUGUCAUUGACAUAGGUGCAGAAAGUUUUGAUAACUGCAUCUCUUCUGUGAAAGUGAUCGGAAAUCCGUGGGUGGCGUACGAACAUACCAAUUAUCGUGGGCACAUUGAGAUCUUUGAAGAGGGUGAAUAUGGCACUGUGUGCAGAAAUGAUGUCAUUUCUUCACUACAGUUGGUGUCGGAGGACCUGACUAAUCCUCAGAUCACCCUUUAUGAGCACUCAAACUAUCAGGGCAAGCAGACGGUUCUCAGGAAUGAGACCAACUUGUGCCAUGGCUAUUUCAAUGAUAUUGCAUCUUCUCACAAGGUGCAGAGAGGAGCAUGGAUCCUCUAUGAGCAUCCAAAUAAAACUGGGUAUAGAAUGUUGGCCAGAUUCUCUCAGGAUGUGCCUGAUUAUGGCCACUUCAACUUCCAUGACAAGCUUUCCUACCUUGUUCCUCUGAAGCCGGGAAAAACUGGCAUAUCUGCAGAGGUCCUCUGGGACAAGAAGGAGGAACACGUUCAGUCCGUUGUCAUCGACACCAUAAGCUCUGUGAAUCGUUCAUCACAAGAGCGUACCUUCACCACGGAGAUGGGUCGAGAUUACGAGACGUCUGUCACUGAGAGCUUCAACUUUAGCAACAGUACACAAAUCAGCUGGGGAACAUCCUUUAAUGUAGUUGUAAAGGGGCUGUUUGAAGGUGGCCACAACUUAUCUUUGAGUAACACCUUCACUGUGGAGUGGGGGAAAAGCAACACCAGAACCGAGAAGAAGAGUGUUCGUAUCUCCCUGCCGAACACCGUCUCUCCGAACACCAAGCUCACUGUGAAGGUGUUGAGGAAACAAGUGAGUGUAAAGGUUCCAGUCAAGCUGAUCAUCACCACGGGUUCUCAGUGUAAGGAGGAGUAUGGAGAAUACAGGUGCCAGUCUGGAGAAUCUAUCACCACCGAGUACGAUGAAGAGAAGAUCUAGAACAGCAGUAGUGUUCCUUACUGGUGUGGGGUGUUCACAUUCACUGGGCUUCUCGAGGGUACUGAGGCUGGCGAGGAUCCUGUGACAUGCUGUGACCAUCAUACUGCUGUUUUCUCUUCUAAUCUUCUUCUGAUGUGCUUUCAUUUUACUUAAUGCUAUCAGCAAAUUAAACCUUUGUGUGUGCUUUCUCUUUUAUAACUAAGAAAACAAGCAAUAAUCAAAUAAAUCAA